AUGCUGCCAAAGAGAGCGCGUAUGGAUAGCAUGCGGGGUCCCAUCGCCAAUGGACCCCUGCAGUCGAGGCCCCUGGUGGCGUUAUUGGACGGACGGGAUUGCACCGUCGAAAUGCCGAUACUAAAGGACGUGGCGACAGUGGCGUUCUGCGACGCACAAUCCACGUCGGAGAUACAUGAGAAGGUGCUCAACGAGGCGGUUGGCGCCCUUAUGUGGCACACGAUCAUACUCACUAAGGAAGACUUGGAGAAGUUCAAGGCGUUAAGAAUCAUUGUCCGUAUAGGCUCCGGCGUCGACAAUAUUGACGUUAAAGCCGCUGGGGAACUAGGCAUCGCAGUAUGUAACGUGCCAGGAUACGGUGUGGAGGAGGUAGCCGACACGACAAUGUGUCUCAUAUUGAAUUUAUAUCGGCGGACGUACUGGCUCGCCAACAUGGUGCGGGAAGGGAAAAAGUUCACAGGGCCGGAGCAGGUGCGCGAGGCGGCGACGGGGUGCGCGCGCAUCCGCGGCGAUACGCUGGGCAUCGUGGGGCUCGGCCGCAUCGGCUCCGCCGUCGCACUUCGCGCGAAGGCUUUCGGCUUCAACGUCAUCUUCUACGACCCCUACCUGCCAGACGGCAUCGAGAAGUCGCUCGGCCUCACCAGGGUCUACACGCUUCAGGACCUCCUAUUCCAGAGUGAUUGUGUCUCAUUGCAUUGCAGCUUAAACGAACACAACCACCACCUCAUCAAUGAGUUCACUAUCAAACAGAUGCGUCCAGGCGCGUUCCUGGUGAACACGGCCCGCGGCGGGCUGGUGGACGACGAGGGGCUCGCCGCCGCGCUCAAGCAGGGCCGCAUCCGCGCCGCCGCGCUCGACGUGCACGAGAACGAGCCCUUCAACGUAUUCCAGGGCCCGCUGAAGGAGGCGCCCAACGUGCUGUGCACGCCGCACGCCGCCUUCUACUCGGACGCGUCGGCGCAGGAGCUGCGCGAGAUGGCGGCGUCGGAGAUCCGGCGCGCCAUCGUGGGCCGCAUCCCCGACUGCCUGCGCAACUGCGUCAACAAGGACUACUUCCUGCAGGGCGCGGCGCCGCUGGCCACGCCGGCGCCGCUGUCCACGCCCGCGCCUGCGCCGUACGCCGAGACGCUGAACGGCGGCUACUACGCGGCGCAGGCGGCGCACUCCACCACUGCGCACGCGCACGACGCGCCCGCGCUGCAGCCGCCGCCGCCCGCGCCCGCGCCGCCGCAGCCGCCCAUCUCGCUGCCGCUCGCCAGCGCCGACCCCGCCAACCACCAGCUCGGCAAGCAGGAGGCCGGCGACGUGCACUAG